AUGGGGCGUCGGUGGUGCGAUCUGCGGCUGUUCCGCCUGCUGCCGCUGGUGGCCCUCAUGGCCUGCCUUCCCUGCAGCUGCCAGUUCAUCGAUAGUGACGAACACUUCAACAUUUGUGUCUCGAACCUGCUGCCCAUCGUGCAGUGUGACCCCUCAAAAGACCAGGCCACGUACACUGGCUACCACAUUGACCUGGUCAGCGAGCUGACCAAGCGCCUGGGCAUUCGAAACUACACGCUCGAAUGCAGGGCUUUCGCCUCAAUUCUGGCCGACCUCACGAAUGACAACAAGAGCGAGAUCACCUGCGACAUGGUGGCCUCAGGGAUCACAAGGUCGACAGCCAGGCAAGAGCUGGGAAUCAAGUUCACUUACCCGACCUAUCGGGCCAGCCUGGGAAUCAUGACGCUUGCCAGAGUGAAGGAGGGGUCGAAUUGGGGCUUCCUGAGGCCCCUGCACUGGAGCGUGUGGGCAGCCACGAUCGCCACUGCACUCGUCGUGCCCUGGCUCGUGUUUGUGGUGGAGAGCUUGGCCUGCCACGGCUUCAUCCACAAGGGGGACUGGAUCCAAGGUCUCAAGGAUGCGACAUAUGACAGUCUGGCCGCUCUGGUCAACUUUGGGCACUACGAGGUGCACUCCGCAGCAGCUCGUGUGGUGGUCAUGGCUUAUGGGUUCUUGGUGCUGAUAAUUAUCAACACGUAUGUAGCCAACCUGGCGGCGUUCCUGACCAUCACACAGGUGGACUCGUCGAUCAAUGGGCUGGACGACUUGACCAACCUGCCAGGCAAGAGGGUGGUGUCCAUAGAGGUGUACAAGGAAAGGCUGCAGAGGCAGGGGAUACUGCCAGUGAUCGCGAGUCAGGUCCAGGACUAUCAGGCAAAGAUGGUGGAAGACCUGAGGGCAGGGGUGUACAAGGCUGUCGUCAUGGAUGAGCCGUGGGUGACGUACACUGCCAGCACUGACGGCUGUGACCUAAAUAGGUUGCCACAGACCAUUGAGCCCUUCGACUAUGCCUUUGCCUUCCCCAAGACUGGCGACGACGAACUGGUGCGGAAUGUGUCAGCCGAGGUGCUGGCACUCCAGGAAGAUGGGGUCAUGGAGAGGCUGUCGAUUGAGCACAUUUACAUCAGGAGGUCAGGCUGCCCGACAGACUCAGAAAUCAGCGAAACGAGGGCUGUGCACUUCAACCAGGUGCUGGGCCUGUGGAUAAUCCUGGCGUUUGCAGUCCUAGUGGCAGGGUUGCUACUACUGUUCCCAAUUGUGCCAAGAAUCCCCAUAGGCACCCAAAACCGGCAGAGCUCAGAGGGAGGCAGCGACACCUCCUUGCGACGGAUCCACACGCUGAAGCGCAUGCCGACGAUGUACCACGCAAAGGCCACCGCAGACCUGGAGUCCAAGAGCAGUGGGACCCUCUUGUGUAAAGACGUGCAGAGGGAGAUCAGCGACAUGAAGGACGAGAUGCGUGCCCUGAGGCAGGAGGUGCUGCAGCUCAUAGGCACGAGGGCGUGUGCAUCUGGGAUGGUGGUGGACCCUCUGCUUGAAUCUAGUGUUCAGAUAGACUGA